AUGGAUCUGUCGCUUAAGAAGAAAUCGGCGUAUGAUAUUGACAGUUUGCUUGGUGGAGGGGAAACAGCGAAACAGUCAGAUCAAAGGCAAUCUCCAACAAUGGACACAGGUGCCCGCCCGCUGAGUUGGCCUGGGUCAGAGGCUGGUACGCCCCAGGGGGUGGAGGAAGCACAGAAAUUACCCCCAUCAGAUCCCGCCUCACCUGCACCCUGGUACAACGAUAGCCUCUGCCAAACUCGACACAUCGACGUCCCCUGGUUCGUGCGUCCCGCGGUGGGUACAGUUGACAUGAGGCUUGCCCAGGGGAGUGGCUCUAUUCUGGGGGACGAAGCCGAGCAAAUAAACAAGAUCAAUUCCCCUGAAAAAUAUCCGGGGGUACAGACGCCCGGGGCAACCACGGUCGAUGAAAAAGACGGGACGGAAGAAGAAAGUAAAAAGGAAAUUUGUGAUCGAGCGACGGAAAAAGAGGAUGAACAAUCCCUUAACUGCUCUGUGACGUCAGUCGAUGACGCGGAUGAUGACGACACACUGAAAGAUGACGUCAAAGGUCACGUGACCGAUGACGACAGUAAAGAGGGGUGUGAUAAGUUCGGGAGUGACUGUGGGGACCCUGAGGGUGAUAGAGAGAAGGAGUUAGAGGAAUUUGGGAAGAGGAAACAGCGACGAUACCGUACAACGUUCACAAGUUACCAGCUGGAAGAACUAGAACGAGCCUUUCAGAAAACCCACUACCCGGAUGUAUUCACAAGAGAGGAACUGGCAAUGAGGAUAGACCUGACGGAAGCGCGAGUCCAGGUGUGGUUCCAGAACCGACGAGCAAAAUGGCGGAAGAAGGAAAAGGUUGGAACACAAGCACACCCAUACUCCCCGUACACAGGAUCCCUGAACAUGGCUUCCAGGGGAGUCCUCCCACCCCAACAAGCCCACCCUCCUCAGACGUAUUCCGACCUCCUGCUCAAGACCUACGAGAACCAGCUGCUCAGUAGAUACAGCCUUGCCACGUCACUUCCGACGGUGACGUCAGCGUUGUACAGUCCUGUUACGUUCGGACUCUCUUCCGCCUCAGCUACUUCCGGUCUGGGACUGCGCACGCUCACACCCCUCUCAGUCCCGGUACCUCCUCCUGGAACAUUUCAACAUUUGCUUGCUAGUAUGACGUCAUCGGCUGCAAAAGCGCGGGAAAACUUUGACAUAACUCCCCCGGCUCCCGGGCUUUCCUCUCCCACAUCCGGGGCUGUAGACUCAGAACGCCGUUCCUCAAGUAUCGCUGCACUCAGAAUGAAAGCCCGAGAGCACGAGAUGCGUCUCGGCAUCAGCGGAUGCAGUAACAUCGUCUACUGACUAGGCUGAGGUAGUCAACGUCGUGUUGACGUAUCUGAGUGUCGACGUUGUGUUGACGCAUCUGACUGUUGAAACAGUGACAAUCUACAAUUGCUCAGGAAGAACCGCCAUGGGGUUGGCGUCCUUCACCUAAGUUGAUAUGAUCAAGGUCAAGGACAGGUCCCAAGGUCAAACAUUGUGUAUACUGAGACAUGCAACCGGACUGCUGAGGUUCGUGUGAGUCCGCCAUGUUGGAAUUGGAACUUUAUUUGAACAUGACAUAAACUUGUCUCCAUGACAACAAAAUAUGUUGAGAAAUGCCAUGACAAAUUGAUUUGACGCCAUGAAAGAUUCGCGAAAUGUUGACGUGGGUCUCUACACAGUUUAUGUAUAGUUGUGACUGUUUUUGAAUGAAUGAAUAUGUAUAUUGACUUUGCGCAUGCGUACUACGUGUAGAAAUUGUCUGACCUCAAAUGUAAAUAUUCACCUCUAUAAUAAGUACACUGUACAUGUAUUUAAGACAUCACGUCCUUUAAAGAUAUAGACUGACAGUAAUUGAAAAAACUAAUUUGACAAAACAUCACAUGCCAGAUGACGUUUUACCUUUUGUUAUGGACUGUUCUUUACAACGUGUCAAAAUCAAAAUGCAAAUUUUAUGUCACAUAUCGUUUACACUGUGUCUGAUGACAGUUGUAUGUAGUAUUUGUAGUGUGAAAAAAAGACUCGUGGUUAAAACAAGCCGAAAUUGAGAACAAAAUAUUCAAAAUAUUUCAAACGAGCCUUCAAAAUGCUACGAUCAUUGUGAACGUCUGCAUGUCUACCGUGUAACCUUCGACAACACCGGAAGUUCCGAACAACACUGAUGGUUGUUUAUUUGUUUAUGAUUGUUUAUUAUUUGAUUUUACAAAAACAAGACGUGGUUUGAAAAUAAAAAGAAACAAUUUGUGGAAAAAACUGUUUCCAAAGAGACUGUAUGAUUAGGAAGGCGGAGUGCAAUAUCCACUGAUUAUCGUACACUGGUGACCACAUAUUGUUGGAUUAUCUUUUAAAGUGGUCUAUAUCACGUUGUAUUUAACACUAAGGAUCCCGUUAUUGUUUGGUUUUGUCAAUGUGGACCUUUAUUUAUGAAUUCAGAUAAAGUGCUGACGAUUUCUCACCAACGAAGUGCCCGUUGGUGUAAUGUUUGUGGGUUAUUGUGCCAAGAUGAAAUAAAUAUUUGUUACAUGUA